GAGCAGGACACCCAAUAGCCGGUUGCUUUGUCUCCAGGGAGCACCGUCUCUUUGCUCCUCUUGUGAUUGUUGAUAUAUAUAUAUAUGCCUGCCAGGUUUUUGUUCCCAGCUCUGGCUCAGCCUUCUUGCAACGUGCCCAUCAUCAGGCAGUCGCUUCUAUUGUGAUCUUCUAGCCAUCGGGACCAAGACGCCGCCAUGUUGGACUCCAACAGUCUGUCGGUGCGGUUGAUCGUCACAACCCUCACGGCACUUCUUGUAGCCCGUCUGGUCCCGUCGAUCCUCUCGAUAUGGAAGCAUCGAGCUGUCCUCCGGCGGCUUCAGAAGGCUGGCCUGGUACGCAUCUGCCUUUCUCGCUCACACACACACACACACACACGUUAUCAUGAAAGCUGACUGCCCUCGUAGCCGAUGCCUCCUCACAGUGCCGUCUUCGGCCAUCUGCUCGCAGCCAAGGAGGUCACUGACGAGCUGCCGCCUGCGGCUCACAACGUGUACGUCCUCCGGCAUCUCAGCACCAAGGUCCCGAACCGCUCGGCCGACGACCUGGACGCCUACUACUUUGACCCCGCGCCCGUCAACGAUCCUCUGCUCGUCGUCCGCGACCCGUACCUCGCGCACCAGGUCACCUCGCACGCCGAGGUCGGCUCUCUGAAGCCGCCCGUGCUCGCAGACUGGUUCGCCCCCAUCACGGGCCGCGGCGGGCGCAACCUGUUCUGCAGCAACGGGGCCGAGUGGAAGCACAACACAUCCCUCUUCCAGGGCUUCUUCAACAAUGCCAACCUCGACGCCGCCGUCCCCGCCAUCAUGGACCAGUUCAGGCUGUACCGCGACGUGCUCCGCAGCAAGGCGGCGAGCACCCCAGGCGCCAUGUUCCACCUCGAGCCCAUGACGCUGCUGCUCAUGAACGACGUCAUCGGCCGCCUGCUGCUCAACAUGGACCUGGGCAACCAGAAGUCCGGCAGGACUCACCCUCUGUCUGAGGUGAUGCUGCAGCAGCUCAACCUCAAGUUCUCCCACAAGAACGGCCUCGACGCCCUGACAAACAUCAGCUUCGUCGCCCGGCUCCGGAUCUGGAACAACAGCCGCAUCCUGAACGCCCACAUCCGCCAGCAAAUCGACCGGCAGCUGGCAGAAUAUCGCCAGAAGCGGAGCAGCGGUACCUCGCUCAGCAGCGAUGGCCAGCAAGACGAGGAGGAGCCUUUCAAGUCCGUCCUGGGCCAGGCCGUCGAGAGCUUCUUCGCCCAGCACCCGGCGGGGAUCGAGGCGCAGCCGGACGCCGCGUUCCUCGAGAUGCUCUGCGCCGAGAUCAGGAUGUUCUUCUUCGCGGGCUACGACUCGACCGUGAGCGCCAUGAUCGCCUGCGUCUACACCGUCUGGCGGCACAAAGACGUCCUCGCCAAGCUGCGCGCCGAGCACGACUCCGUCUUUGGCGCCUUCACCACCACCACCACCAGCAGCGACGCCAGCAUAGACCGCAUCGCGCAGGACCCAAACAUCCUCAACCAGCUCCCCUACACCCUCGCCGUAGUCAAGGAGACCAUGCGCCUGUACCCGCCGGCCUCGGGCCUGCGCCCGGGCAGCCCGAAUCUGGUCCUCACCGGCCGCGACGGCACGAGGUACCCCACGGCCGGCGUGCUCAUCCAGCUCAACCACAUCGACAUCCAGCGCAACCCGCGCGUCUGGCCGCGCGCACAAGAGUUCCUCCCCGAGCGGUUCCUCGUGGGGCCGGGCCACGAGCUGUACCCGGAGAAGGGUGCGUUCAGGCCCUUUGAGCACGGCGUGAGGAACUGUACGGGCCAGGCGCUCGUGCUCAAAGAGCUCAAGGCGUUUCUGGUGCUGGUUGCGAGGGAGUUUGACUUUCGAAAUUGCUACGACGAGGUGUACAAGGGCGAGAAGGUCAAUUUGGAAAACGUGGACGGCGAGCUGCCGUACUUGAUAGAUCGCGGGGCGGCACAUAUGCGCGGGCACCUUCCUACCCGCAUUCGCCUCAGCGGUUACGCUUCUGGGAAGACUUCGUCAUGAUAGAAUGCAUGU